GGAAAUAGUUUUUUCUUUUAGCGUAGAAGAAGACACUCGUUCUGGCUGAUUCAUUGUAGCUUGUUUGCUUGUACCGACUCUACACAAAAACAAACCUAUCUAAGCUCCUGAGGGAUUUGGUAACAGAUCUCAAAGAUGGACAGGCUGCUGAGGCUCGGAGGUGGAAUGCCAGGACUCGGUCAGGGCCCCCCAACAGAUGCACCUGCUGUAGACACAGCAGAGCAGGUGUACAUCUCCUCUUUGGCCCUGCUGAAGAUGUUGAAGCACGGGCGAGCAGGUGUGCCAAUGGAAGUCAUGGGACUGAUGCUGGGAGAAUUUGUGGACGACUAUACAGUGCGAGUGAUUGAUGUGUUUGCCAUGCCCCAGUCAGGAACAGGAGUUAGUGUUGAAGCUGUGGAUCCAGUGUUCCAGGCUAAGAUGUUGGACAUGCUGAAGCAGACUGGCAGACCUGAGAUGGUCGUGGGGUGGUACCACAGUCACCCCGGGUUCGGCUGUUGGUUGUCAGGUGUGGACAUCAACACUCAGCAGAGUUUUGAGGCCCUGUCAGAGCGAGCAGUUGCAGUGGUGGUUGAUCCAAUUCAAAGCGUCAAAGGAAAGGUUGUCAUUGAUGCCUUCAGAUUGAUAAAUGCCAACAUGAUGGUGCUGGGUCAUGAACCAAGACAAACCACCUCCAACUUAGGUCAUCUGAACAAGCCUUCAAUCCAGGCUCUGAUUCAUGGACUAAACAGACACUACUAUUCCAUCACCAUCAAUUACAGGAAAAACGAGCUGGAGCAAAAGAUGUUGCUGAACCUUCACAAGAAAAGCUGGAUGGAGGGUUUGACUCUGCAGGACUACAGCGAGCACUGCAAGCUCAAUGAGACCAUCGUCAAAGAAAUGCUGGAGCUGGCCAAGAACUACAACAAGGCUGUUGAAGAGGAGGACAAAAUGACUCCUGAGCAGCUGGCAAUCAAGAAUGUGGGAAAGCAGGAUCCCAAGAGACACUUGGAGGAGCAUGUAGAUGUUUUAAUGACAUCCAACAUCGUUCAGUGCCUAGCUGCCAUGUUGGAUACCGUCGUUUUCCAGUGACGGCAGCGGUGCAACUGUUAAUAUGAACAACCCUGGACUUUGUUUUAUAUAAAAUAAAUAUGUGUAUGAAAA